AUGGCAUCCGAUGAAGAUCUGCCAUUGCACUGCGACGGAGCAUUGCAAAUCGCAAAAGAUGUUUCUACUAACCGACGUCAAAGAGAGGCUGGUUUACAGAGGUGGAGGGAUAAGAAGUAUAAACAGUCCGCUGCGGAAGUUGCUUCUUUAUCAGGUGCUGGUCGUGCAAUUACGUGCUCUGCCACUGUCUUAUCAUACACGGAUCUGCCAUUGCGCCGUCGUAGACCAACAGAACCUGCACAUGCCGUUCCCGUGGAUAGUCAUGAAAGAGAAGCAGCUUUACAGAGGUGGGUGUCCAAGAAAGCUAAAAGGUCAAAUGUGGAUGUCGGAUCUUCGACAGGUCCCUGUUGCCCGGUCACGCGUUCAGUUGCAGCUGGCCUGUCUGUGUUGCAAAGGUUGCCAGCUGAAUGUGGUGGACAAUCUCAAUCCACACGGGCACACCGUUCUGCAGGCGGUGUUGUUAUGCGAGAUGGCACUGACAAGAAAUCGGAUGAGUCACAUGCACAUGAAAAUUCAAUACCCAGCGCUUUGCACGAUGCUGCUCAAAAGACUGGCAGAGAUUCUGUUGGUGAGGAUAGUAGCACUUUACACAUUUCGGCCGCCCAAGGUGGAAUGGAUGAGUCCCCUUCAACAAGUCGUGCAGUUAACACAGGUAAAUCCUUUCUUUACCGGGCCUUGCUUGCAGUUGUCCGGUCAAAAGGUUGUAUAGGCCUGGCCACUGCAACAUCUGGUAUUGCUGCGUCCAUAUUACCCGGUGGUAGGACGGCGCAUUCAAGGUUUAAAAUCCCUAUUGAUUUGUCGAAUGUCAAGUCUUGCAGUAUUAGUAAACAGAGUAGUUUAGGGUCCUUAAUUCGGGAGAGUGUGCUAAUUGUUUGGGAUGAAGCACCGAUGGCUAAAAGAGAUGCCAUAGAGGCGCUUGAUCUUGCGCUUAAAGACGUUUGUGGCUGUUCUGAAAUUUUUGGCGGUAAGGUCAUAGUAUUUGGAGGCGAUUUUAGGCAAGUGCUUCAAGUGGUCCGUAGGGGCAGUAGGAAAGAAACUGUUGAUGCUUGUCUAACUAGCUCAUACUUAUGGCCUUUACUUAAAAAACUGAAGCUUACAGAAAAUAUGAGGGCGCGUUUGGACCCUUUGUUUACUCAGACACUUCUAAAAAUAGGCAAUGGGCAGGAAAAGACGUUUGAAGAUGAUCUUAUAGAGAUCCCUGCUCCUCUAGCAAUUAAUGACCCUAUGGCUGAGGAGUCGUUGGAUGAACUCAUAAAAGUCAUAUAUCCAGAUCUAGCAAGCUUAACAGAGGUGAGUCGAUCCAUAAAUCGAGCCAUUUUAACGACAAAGAAUUGUUUUGUUGAUGAGGUAAACACGAAGCUUAUUAAUGAGUUUCCAGGAAAUUUAGUUGAAUACUUGAGUUUUGAUAGAGUUGAAAAUCGAUCUCAUGAGGCUGAAUAUGGCGACCUCAUCAAUUCGCUUACACCGAGUGGUUUACCAGAGUAUAGGCUCAGCCUAAAGGAAAAUGCGCCGGUUAUACUGCUACGCAACCUAGACCCUACCGAAGGACUAUGUAAUGGCACAAGACUUAUUUGUAAAAAACUAGAUAAAAAUGUCAUUCAUGCAGAAAUUGCAGUCGGUGAGUUCUGA